UCUAAACAAAUCCGUCGGCGCUGCACAAUCGCCAUCGCAAUGACACUUGCUGACACUUGCUUGGUCUGAUUGCCACUGCCUCCGGCUCCACCACCACACCAGUCACGAGGAAGGACAAAGCUGGCCGGCGGCAACAGCCUGCGGUGCAGACGGCAGAGCAAUGGAGACGGCGAUGGCCGCGACGUGCAGCGCCCUCUCCAGCCUGGGCGACAUCAUGCUGGUGGUCAGGGAGGAGGAAGAAGAAACACGCGAGGGCGGCGCCGUCGAGCUCCUCGCGGCGGAGCUGACGGCCGUGCACGCCGCGCUCCGGGACGACUACCUCGCCGACGUGCCCCCAGCGCGGUUCGACGAGCAGGCCAAGGCCUGGUCCGGCCACGCCAGGGAGCUCGCGUGCGACGCGGCGCUCUUGGCUCGUCGCGCGGACGGCUCCCCUGACGCGGCGUCGGCGGCGACGGUCAAGGCGCUUCUCGAGAGGGCCGCCGACCUGUCCAGGAGGAGGCCUCGCCCAACCGCGGCCGUCGACCCUCGCCGGCCGGCCGCUGCCGUCGACGCUGGCCCGCCGGCGACGGAGAUCGUCGGCUUGGACGCCGCCAAGGACGACCUGAUCAAGAAGCUCUGCGACGACGUCGACGGCGACGAGCAAUCGGAGCAGCGGCUGAAGACCGUGUCCAUCGUCGGAGCCGCAGGUCUGGGCAAGACGACGCUCGCCAAGAUGGUGUACGACACGCUCCGGCCGCGGUUCGACUGCGGAGCCUUCGUGUCGGUGUCCGCCAUCAAUCCCGACAUGGCCAUGGUUUUCAUGAGGAUGCUCCGCCAGCUUGACGACGACGACAAGCACGAGAGCGUCGGCGGCGAGGAACCGAGCGUCAGCGGCGAGGCGCAGCUCGUCGAUCAACUGAGCAAGUUCCUACGAGACAGGAGGUAUCUCAUUGUUAUUGAUGAUUUAUGGGAUAAGCCAUCUUGGGAAAUGAUCAAGCAUGCUCUGGUUGAGAAUUAUUGUGGAAGUAGAAUAAUCACAACAACCCGAAAUUUCAGUGUUGCUGAUCAAGCUGGAAUGCCAUAUGAACUAAAGCCACUUUCUGCAGAAAACUCGAAGAUAUUGUUCCUUCAAAGAAUAUUUGGCCAUGACAACAAAAUCUGUCUCGACGAUGAGUUUGCUGAAGUAGCUGAUAAAAUUUUAAAGAAAUGUGACGGUGUUCCUAUUGCUAUUCUUGCACUAGCCAGUUUAUUGGCUGGUAAAAUAGGAGACAAGAAGGAAUGGUAUAAGGUCCACAACUCUAUCGGUUCAACACUAGAGAAUGGUGCUGACGUGAAGAAUAUGAGAAUGACAAUUUCCGUUGGAUAUUACCGUUUACCUGCAAAUCUAAGGGCUUGCUUAUUGUAUCUAAGCAUAUUCCCGGAAGAUUAUGAGGUCAGGUGAGACCGACUUAUAUGGAGGUGGAUAGCU